GGAGGCGCGUCUCUUUGACGGCGAGGACCCGCUGCUCGAGCGCGCCCACCAGGAGUUCGAGCUCCGGGUGAACCACAGGGCGCUGAUGCGACUUGUGGCGGACUGGGACCUGCCGCGGGCGGGCGAGAGCGGCGGGAGCCUGGCGAGGCUGCCAGACCCGCAGGCUGUGGUCGCUGGUGUCCUGGAGCACUACCAGGGGAGCAGCGCGCCGACGGGCUGCUCCGCACAGCGGAAGGUGGCGGUCGAGGACCUGCGCUGCCAGGUGGCGAAGUUCCACUACGGGAUGGGGUCGAAGGACCCCAUCACCAGGGUGCUUUUCUUCAGCCGCAAGGCGAGCAGCGCCGGGCGCAAGCUGGAGGUGGACGAGGAGGCCAAGCCGCUGCGGCAGAAGAUCUUCGUUUUCUGGAACCCAGUUGACGCGCCGUCGGACGACCUCACCCUGAGGAGCCUCACGAAGGCGUUCCACAGCUGGGCGAAGAGCCAGGUAGAGGAGAGCGGCAGGCCGCAGGCUCCCAAGAGGCCACUGGCGGCGUCGCCGCCGCCAGCCCGCCCUAGGCGCGCGCUGAAGAUUCAGGCCUCCCUGGCGCUGUCCCCGACGAAGUGAGCCAGCAGCCGCUCCGUGGACCCGCUUCCCUCUCGGGCCCGUGCCGCUCACCGCGAGACAAGGGGAGGAGGAGGAGAAGAAGGAG